UAGUGCACCACCCACACUAACUACUACUGCCCCACAACCGCCGUCACAAUGUCUGAACCAGGAUUCAUCUCGUCGCACAGAUACGGCAAGGACCUCGUGCGCGUCGCGCGCGUGGUGCGCGACAAGGUCGACGGCAAGGAUGUGCACCAUGUGAUCGAGUACACUGUGCGGGCCCUGAUCGACGGCGACAUCGACGUCUCAUACACCAAGGCGGACAACUCGGUCGUCGUCCCAACCGACACGGUGAAGAACACGGUCAACUACUUUGCCAAGACGAGCCCGCACGUGCUCGACCCGGCGGCCUUCGCGCUUCAUCUCGGCGCGCACUUCGUCACGCGGUACGACCACAUCCACACGGCGUGGAUCGACCUCACGACGCACAAGUGGAGCCGGAUCGCGGUCGACGGCGAGGAGCACAAGUGGAGCUUUGUGCGCGACGGCGACGAGAAGACGACCGUGUCUGUCGUCGUUGGCGGCGAGGUGGGCCACCUGACCGCCGACCUCAAGCUCGGGCUCAAGGACCUGCUCGUGCUCAAGACUAGCGGGUCGGCAUUUGACAAGUUCUGGCGCGACGAGCUGACGACGCUGGCUGAGGUCAAGGACCGCCUCUUCUCCACGAGCGUAACAGCCACCGCCAGCAUCCCGCUGCCGCCCAACACGCCCCUGACGCCCGACGGCGUCGGCGAGAUCGCCAAGGCGCUCGACUUCCCCACAAUCUCAGCGGCGAUCAAGAAGGACACGCUCGAGGUGUUCGCGACCGACGAGAGCGCGAGUGUGCAGGCAACGCUGUACAACACGGCGCAGCGCGUGCUCAUCUCUUGCCCGGCCGUCAAGGACAUCCACUACUCGCUCCCGAACAAGCACUACAUCCCUGUCAACCUGAGCGCGUUCAAGCUCGACAACGGCCUCGGAUACGAGGGCGGCGCGGAGGUCUUCUACCCCGCUCCCGACCCGAGCGGUUUGAUCGAGGCGACCGUGUCGCGCAAGUAGAAGCAGGGUGUGGCGUAUGCAUUGGGUUUCAUUAG